AAAACGCGAGACUGUUAAGAGGUGCGUCGCAAAAACCGGCCAAGUGUCAUACUUCCGGAUUGUUGCCCUGAGUGAAAAAAAGAAGUAAUAUGAAGAUAAAAACAUCACAAAAUAACCGUUACAGCAAAAAACGAUAGCGACAUGAAGACUACGAAAACGCGACGCUGUUCGGAGAUAGACAACGAGUUUGAAAAUCUGUACAAGAGGUUAAUAAGACCAUCCAAAAGCAAUGACAUGCGCUCUGAUGCCUUUAACUACAGCAGACUAGAUGAUAGGACAGAUCAAGGUCGCCUCCUGUCAAGGAGAGCCAAUAAAGAAGCAGCAGCAGCAGCAACAGCAGAAGCCGUGUGCUACAGCCCGAUCCUGCUACCUGUACGCAGACUCUGGACUGAAGGAUCGAAUAGCACACUGUCACUCAACAGCUCGUCGUGUUCUAGCAGCCAGGGCUCUCGCAGCAACCUGUCCGUAAACAUAGAAACAGAGAACCAAGCGCAACAAGGGAGUGAGGUGAGCAUGCACCUCGGCAAGACUGAUGAACACAGUGCCUGGAGGGCAAGGAGCCCUGCUGUACUUCCAGUGGAGGUGAUCUGCAUUUUAGAUGAUGAUGAUGAUGAUGAUGAUGAAUAUGAAUAUGAACAAGAAGGAGAAAGCAAAGAUGAGAAUGAUAACACUCUGUGUGAUGAAGAUGACUGCCUGUCUGUGCAUUCAGGGCUGUCUGAUGCAGCCAACAGCCUCUGCACACAGUGUCUAGAGCUGUACUGGAGAAUGAGGAGUGAAAUUAAGCCAGUGAGCAAGACAAUUGAUUACGAUCCUUCUUCCUUGUCCUGUGAUGAGUGGGUUCUAUUGAAAAGGCGCUUACCACGAAGAUUUCCACGGACCAGAGGAAAACUGUGGAACGUUUUGAGGAAAGUAAGGAACAGGAAGGAGAGGCAGGGCCAGUCGGCGUGCGAUGGAAACCAAAAGGAAAGGUGCUGCUGGCCGCAUGUAUUUCUUCAGAGAAACCUGUUAAGAUGUACAAGAAAGGAAAAGUUUGCCAAAGGUAAGCAUGCAAAGAAGAAAAUAGGAAGGAGUCCAUCCUCCAAGGUGAAGUUCAAGAGGGCUAAACAAGAAGAGCAGAGUGAUCUGAUUUAUGAAAUUAUUGAAGUGAAGGAGGAUCACAGGGAACCUGGAGAAGAGCGCAAGACAUUGGGAGACCCGCUGCUCAUUCAAGACAGCGAUGAAGAUAACAAAGUGCGCAGAACGCAGAGUUCUGAUCUCGCCAAAUACAACCGGCCUGCUCGCUUCACCGGACCCCCGUCUGCUUCUCGGUCUGCAAGGAGAGUGACUGAAAGGGACACAGGGAGGAGGGGUACAAGGAAGGAGGGUUCAGAAAGUCUGUUCAAAAGCAAGCCCCCUGCUCCUAGCAGCCAGCCCACCUCAUCAGGUAACUUCUCCUGGCUGCGGACAGGGGGCUUCAGGUCCAUGCUUGCCAAGCUGGAAGCACCACAGACCACAGUGGUCAAGGAGAUCUGGUGAUGUUGUGUGCACCAUUGCUAAGACCAUGACUAGAAUAUAUAUAUAUAUAUAUAUAUAAUAAUGUGUACAGUACAGUGUAGGUUGGCUCACUGUAAGCCAGUGGUACACAACUCUGGCCUUUGAGAUCCAUUUAGUAUAGGUCUUUAUUCCAAGUAUUCCACUGCUUAGGGUCACUUCUUCAGAGUUUGUAUGCAGUGGCACUCUUCAGACAGCUGAUGGUUCUAUACACUGUAUUAUUAUUGUUCAGUUCAAUUAUUGUUUGAGCGUUUUGGAAAUAUGCAGAGUACCCAGUUAUGAAGUCACGCAAGCCUGGUUUCAUAAAGAGCCGAGGCUGGAAAAUCUAUGAAAGCACUGAUGGUAAGUGUACUAUUUAUUGAUGUUGGUGCUUACAAGCAGCUCAGCAAUGACCUUAUUGCCUAGGUGACCAUUAACCUUUGAACUUUCAUAUAUUGUUUGUUUCAUAUGAGUUAAAUAUUGGAGGGGUGAAGGCAAACUAAAGUAGUGUUUAGUGAGUGUUGUGGAUCUGUCUCAUGGUCUACCAUGAUAAAACAAAGAUACAUCCCAAAGAAAACCAAUGCAUAAAUGACAGCUGAAAUAAACAUAUUCUACUGUACAUUAGUGUUUAACUGUUUUCAAUAGGUUUCUGAAGGGGUAAGGGUUUAUUUUACUACUGAUAAUUUUGUAUUUUAAUAUUUUUUACUGAAAGCAUGUUUGUCCCAGCACUAAUACUAUUGUUUUAUUAUCGGCCCUCUUUAAUUGACUAUUUAGCAGUGUCUGGGAGUGUCUUUUAUUUACACUGGUUUAGGUAUCCCAUCAAAACUGUAGGAAUUCUUUUAAGUUGAAAUUACUUUUAUUUUCUAUGUGCCCUAUGUAGUAAAUUGUUUUAAAGUACUUGGUUUUUACUUUUUUUUUUUUUUUUUUUUUUUUGCACAGCUGAACUGAUCUGUAAAAUGUUUAUGAAUACUGAAACUCACUGUCUCAAUGACUGAGUCACUUACAUUUUUUUUGAAAGAUACUGCCCCAUUGCCAACUGAACAGAUAACAUAGUGGACUGCCUUUGGCGUGCAGUACACCUUGAUCUUACUAUUAUAUAAAAUUGAACCAAUACAAGUAUGCAAACAUCCAUCUUAAAUGUACUGGGACUUCUCCAUCACCUACAAGAUUUUUUUUUUUUUGGAAAAUGUGUUGCAGAUUUAUUACUAUUUAGAAAAUAUAAAUAGCCGAAAAAUAUUGCCACUGCAAUGUUUCAUAUGAGAGAUAUAUGUUGAAAUGCCUUAAAAUGGUCUUCAAAUUUUAUUUCAAAAGGAAUAAAGCUGUAAAUAGGGUGUGCUUUUACUCUUUUUUUUGGGUAGUGGAGAGAAGGCAGAGAGAGAUUACAGUAGUAGGAAAAUGUAUUUGGUUGUAUUAAUCUUAACACCCUCAGAGAGACAGGCUAAAGAUGACCACAGACAAUGAACAGUUAGUCUCACACGCAAGAGGAAGUUCCAGGGCAGUUUAAAGGGCAUAUAAUUCAAACUACUCCCCUGUAAUCUAGUGCAGGCUAGAGGAAUAGAAACUGAACUACCCCCCCCAGUCUAGAAAAGUGUGCUUUUUCCAGUCCAGGGUAGGUGUUCUAAAAAAAACAUUUCCCAGGAAUGGUAGUUGCCUAUUUUUGGGAUCUUGAAGAGUUAAUUUAACGAUCGUUAUACUUUUCUAAAACCAAAUCAAAAUGAUGAGACUGCCCUCUUGUGGCAAAAAUAAAUGAGACGUUGGCCAUUUGCUGUUUCAAUCUGAUUAUAACAAAGGGGGAUAAGCAUUGAUCUGCACUGAACUAUCCCUGCUACAUAUUAUAUACACAUAUUGUAAACAAAAUUCAGUUUAUUCUGCCCAAUUCUUUUAAAUGGGGCCUGUGUAAUUAUGGAUGGUCACCAAGUUCUCAGUUGCACUUUUACAUAGAGUUCAGAUCACUGCUCACAGAUCAGUUUUAGGAGGCAGAAACAGGAGCCUGUUACACUGGUGGACCUUCAAAUGCUUUAUCUACCCUUGCUGCAACUCCUAGGAUUUAAAUUUUUUAUUACAACCAGUGUGUACAAACUACAUGCAGGAGUCAUGGGUAAUAGACUUAGUACAUGCUGAAAUUCAGUUUUUGGUGAAGCAUUGUUGACACACCUAAUUCUGCCUUGGAAAACUUACACAGUAAAAAUUACAAUUGAAAUGACAGGUUGUUAAACUGAAGAACUUUCUAAUCAAAGAUUUGCAUGACUGGGGAAGGAUACAGAUUGUUCAAAUAUCAAGUCUAUCAAACCCAGUUGACUAGAAGACAUGCUGUCUGUGUAGCACUGUAGAAGCCUUUAGCUUACAAAAACAAAACCUAAAUUGUACCACUGACAGCCUUUUUUUUUUUUUUUUUUUUAAAUAUCUCAGAAGGAAUGACCACCCUCCACCCUCUGUGAAAGUACCAGAGAUGCCACUAAACUACUCCCCCAAUUACAGGUUAGAAUACAAUGUAAUCUCCUAUACAGACAAAAUAAUCCAAGCUUAAUUUCAUUAACACUUUAUUCAAACAUCCCAAGUCCUUUAGCUCAGAUAUUAAUUGAACAGUAAUGGUUGUGAGAUUCUCUCAUUCAUGAGUGAGAAAUAUAUCUCAUUCAUAUAGAUACACACACUAUUCUAAAUUACAAUGCAUUUGGAGAUAUUCUUGAUUACACAAUUUGAUUAUCCAAUAUCUAUCCAGUCUCAAAUUUUGCUGAAUGUGGACACAUUCUUGACCAUUCAUCCCAGGUCAAGAUGACCAAGUUAGGAUAACUCACAUGUGGAAGAUGCCUGCUCAUGUAAAGAGAUGUCAUUACAUGCAAGGUCUUUAUUUUAAAAUCUUGUGGCACAGGCUUUCCCACAGAAAACGUAUUUAUUGACAAGUCACUGCCAUAUGGGGGUCCACUGGAGUUGGAAAGACCCAGGGCCUGGCUAAUGAAUAGUCUUACACAAGUCCUUUAAAUCAUCCUUUAUUAAAAUAACCUAUAAAUGGGGCAAAAAACAAAUCCUGCCACUAUUUUAAACCAGGUAUGUUGCUUAAGCACAGCAGUGACACAUUAGCGAGAUCAAUUCCAUUUAUAUUCUUUCAGUAUUCGAACUAAACCAAGGAGACCAAAACGAAAAAAGUGGGACAAAACCAAAACAUUUGUCUGCACAAAAUAGUUCAGGGCUUCUUAAUUUGGCAAAAAUAACAAAAAGGUAGCAUAAUGUCCAAUUUAAAUGCCUUUUUGGAACAGGGAAAUGCAAGAAAUAAACAAGCCAUUGUAACUCAGGUUUUACGAAUUAUAUGAAACCCGAAUCAUAACAGUAAUUCAAGUGAGGUGGCACAUAUGAUACAUUUAUUAUGACUUCAGGAGGAACUGAAUUUGGGAGAGGGAAGCUAACCGUAUCGUAAUCUGCAGGAUCCUAAAUUGGUAAUUACACUUAAUGAAUUUGACAGCGACAGGGAGACAUUCACAAGACGCUAUAUGAGGUGUGAACUUUUUUUUGACAUAAAAAAGGAGUUAAAAUGAACUUUGGGAAAGCCCUUAAUUACAUCUAAACAUUAGUCAGAAAAACAAGGAGGUA